CAAAGGGAUCACUAUACACAAACCGUAAAAGUACCGAUAUCUUCUGUUGGUAUUGGUAGAUCGUGGACUAUAUUGUUAUUUAACAGUUUAUGUAUUUAUAAUAUAUUGAAGUUUAGAGUUGUAUUGUGAAUUUUCUUUCCUAGCUUUUUAUACUAUUACUUUGACUAUUAGAAUGAUUGGUUUACUAUCUGUUAUAGCGAACUUAAUAAUUUAGUUAGAUCACAAGGUUUUCUUGCCUUAGGCUUAGAGUAAUUUGGACGUAUCUAACCUCUCUAGGCUACACCAGUUCACGGUUCAGUGUAAACAGUAAUGUUAACACUUUUCUUAAUUUUUGUGGGAAUACCAACGUAACAAAUAUAUGGAAGUAGCCAGAUUCUCGGCAGAUCUAUGGGUUUGACAAGGUGUGCUACUUUUCCACGAGUUGUCAUCACAGGUCUGGGUAUUGCUUGCCCUCUUGGUGUUGGAGUGCAUUAUGUAUGGGACCGACUGUUACAGGGGGAUUGUGGUAUCACAGCAAUCUGUGACAGUAGCUAUGAUGACAUACCUUGCAAGUUAGCAGGAUAUGUACCUCGUGGAACUGAAUUAGGACAACUAGAUUUCAAUAAAGAGUUUCUGAAAUCAGAUCUUAAGACACUAUCAUUGGCCUCUUGUUAUGGCUUAAUAGCUGCUAAAGAAGCAUUACAAGAUGCUAAAUGGAAUCCUUCCUCUGAAAAUGAGCAGCAAGAAACUGGUGUGGCAGUUGGAAUGGGAAUGGUUGACGUGUCUGAUAUUAUCCUGACAGGAAAAACUUUGGAGGAUCGUGGUUACCGAUACGUAAGCCCGUACUUUGUUCCUAGAAUACUCGUAAACAUGGUUGCUGGCCAGAUCAGUAUCAGACAUAAAUUGCAAGGCCCAGUUCAUGCAGUCUCAACAGCCUGUACCACAGGACUGCAUGCUAUUGGUGAUGCUUUCAAUUUUAUUCAAAGAGGAGAUGCAUCUGUAAUGGUAUGUGGUGGCAGUGAAGCUGUAAUUAGCCCAUUGGCUGUUGCAGCAUUUGCACGCAUGAGAGCCUUGAGUACAAAUUAUAAUGAUAACCCAUCUAAGGCCUCACGUCCAUUUGACAAAAAGAGAGAAGGGUUUGUCAUGAGUGAAGGUGCUGGAAUUUUAAUUCUUGAAUCUUUAGAACAUGCAGAAAAAAGAGAUGCAAAAAUAUAUGCAGAAGUUUUGGGUUAUGGCCUCUCAGGUGAUGCCCACCAUAUUACAGCUCCAAGGGAGGAUGGAAAGGGUGCCUUUUUGUGUAUGAAAUCAACCUUGAGAGAUGCUGAGCUAGAACCAUCUGCAGUACAAUACAUAAAUGCUCAUGCUACUUCUACUCCUUUGGGUGAUGCUGCAGAAGUCAGAGCUAUCAAACAACUAUUUGGAAAUCAUGCUAAAACACUUGCGAUAUCUUCUACAAAAGGAGCUAUUGGCCACAUGCUGGGAGCUGCAGGCUCUGUGGAAGCAAUCUUCACUGUGUUAGCAUGUUGGAGUGGUGACAUCCCUCCAACAAUAAACUUUGAGGAAACGGAAGAAGAUUUAAACUUUGUGCCUGUUAGGUCUCAGAAAUGGCCAUACUUAGGACAGGGAGAAAGAAGAGUUGCAUUAACCAACUCUUUUGGCUUUGGUGGAACAAAUGCUUCAUUAGUUAUAGGAAGUUUUAAUAAAUAACAGUUAUGAUUAUCAUAAAGUAUGUUUACUCCAGUGUUAACUGCUUGAGAAUAAUAUGAAUUAUCAAGUUUUGUAUGUGAACUGUUGUAAAUUAAACAUUCACUACUAA